AUGGCGGAACCGCUGAGGAGGCGAGGUCGCAGGCUCCGCGGCGGCCGGGUCGGCCGAGGGGCUCGGGGGACGCGGGGUGGUCGGGGCCGGCAUCCCGACGUCCAGCGGUCUCCGGUCCGGCGUACUCUGGACCCAGUGUUUGUGGACUUGGUCAGCGACAGCGAUGAAGAGACGGCGGCGGAGCCGGUGGCGGCGGAGCCCGCGGAGCCCCCGGCGCCGGCCGCACGCCGGCCGGACAGCGACAGCGACAGCGAGGGCUCCAGCCCGCGGACGGUGGUCCGGCGGCGGCGGCGGCUGCUGCUGGACCCCGGCGAGGCGCCAGUGGUUCCGGUGUACUCUGGGAAGGUACAAAGUAGUUUCAACCUCAUCCCAGAUGAUGCUUCCCUCCUGAAACUCUACCCUGCAGGGGCAGAAGAAGAAAUAGAUAUGGCAGAUUUUACCAGUCCUCCUCACUCUGAGGAUCCUCCAGUUCCAAGUUCUCCCUGGAAGAGUAAGCUGAGGAAUAAGGAUGAGAAAGAAGAGAAGGCAGCAAAGGUGGUUCUGGUUCAGGAUACAUCUCCCUCUCCCCCACCUCCACCAAGGAACAAAAGCAGAAAGCAUACUCGGGCACUCCAGAAGUUAAGAGAAGUGAACAAGCGCCUCCAGGAUCUUCGAUCCUGCCUGAGCCCCAAGCAGCCCCAGGGCCAUGAGCACCUGAACCAAGACGAUGAAGUGGUCCUGGUGGAGGGGCCUGUCCUGCCAGAGAACCCCAGGCUCUUCCCGCUCAAAAUCCGUUGCCGGGCUGACGUGGUCAGAUUGCCCAUUAGAAUGUCUGAGCCCCUUCAGAGUGUGGUGGACCACAUGGCUGCCCAUCUCAGGGUGUCCCCAAGCAGGAUCCUUUUGCUCUUCGGAGAGACAGAACUGUCCCCGACUGCCACUCCCAGGACCCUAAAGCUUGGAGUGGCUGACAUCAUUGACUGUGUAGUCUUGGCAAGUUCUUUGGAGGCCACAGAGACAUCCCAAAAGCUCCAACUGAGAGUGCAGGGGAAGGAGAAACAUCAGAAGCUAGAGAUCUCACUGGCUCAAAAUUCUCCUCUCCAAACCCUCAUGUCACACUAUGAGGAGGCCAUGGGACUUUCUGGACACAAGCUCUCCUUCUUCUAUGAUGGAACAAAGCUUUCAGGCAAGGAGCUACCGGCUGAUCUGGGCAUGGAAUCUGGGGACCUCAUUGAAGUCUGGGGCUGAAGUCUCCCUCCAUGUUUAAAGGCCUUGCUGGACUUGGGGAGAUGUCUACUACUUUCUUAUUUUUUUAUUUUUUUGGCCCCAUAAGGGCUAGCAGAAAUUAAAAUAGAACUUAUCUUUAAGCAGAAACAAAACCAGUGACUUUGGCCCUGUCUCCUGUUCACCCUGAUCCAAGCCUUAGCCACUUACUUGGUUAUUGUAAAGUGGUUGUGGCUGCCAGGGUGGCCUGUGGCUCCAUGAACACAUGCUAAACUUUGCAGUCCCAGAGUGUGGAGGAGGCGUCUCCCAGUCCUAUUCCUUAACCUCAUCUUCACCCUUUGCUGUGCUAAAAUGUCUGUUCUGGGAACGUUCCUUUGUAGUUGGAGAGGUAGUUGGUAUAAAUGAGGGCCUGGGACCAUAGUACAUGCAGCACCAACAUGGCUCUGUUCUUACCUGGGGUCCGGAAUGCAGUUUGCUUGGGUAGUAGCAUGGCCUGUGGAGAGAGAACACGAGCAAGCUGACACAGGCCAAGGUGCAAGUGUGAAGAAGGGUAAUGGAAGCGCAGUGUCAGCCCUGCCCCUUCCCCAGGUCCCUUCGUGGCCCCUCCCCUCUAGAUCACACUUCCUGGUGCACAUAACUGGAGCCACAGCUGCCUUCCUCAGCCCUUUCGUUUUGGCUCUUGAGAAUAACCGUCCCAUGCAAGGAUUCUCUGCUUUUACGGGUUUUUCUUCUUUCUUCAUGCUGUCCCUGCCUGACAGCACCCCCAUUUAAUAUGUUUAUUGUGCACCUUAGAAUAUAAAUAUCUUUAUAAGUGUUUUCUCAGUGAUUAUGUUUUGUUUUGUUUUGUUUUUGUUUUCACUAUGUAUCCGUGUUAUCGUGCAGUAGGUUUUACUGGCCUGGCUGUGUGUAUGAAGGUGUAGCCCCUCGAUCUUUGCUCCUAGAUUGUUGCUCAGACCUGCUGACCCAGUGGCAUCGGGCGGAUUUUACUCACAUGUUGCCUUAAGCGAGGGGCACCUGUGUACCUCCAUCUCCUCUGCACUGAAUCCAAGGACACGAUAAACAUCCUUUCCUAUGUCCCUUUGGGAGCCUGAGUAGACCUUUCUCUAGCAUAUGAAUUCAGGAUCGGAGUAUAAGCUCUUCAGUUGAUUUCUCUGGGGAUUUCCUUUCUGUCCUCACCAGUACCUAGUAUGCCUGACUUUCUGCUUUUGCUGUCUAACAGGUAUAAAAUGCUGCCAUAUUUUAAUGGACUUUCAUCUGGUCUUGGCUGGGCGGGGGAUUUUCAUAUCCCUGCUCACCUCUUUAUUUUCUCUACCUGUGAACUGCUCAUUCUCUCACAAGCUUCCUUUUAUUCUGAGGAGUUGAUCCUAAGAUCCUGGGUGAUUGUAAGUAACACUCUUGUAGCUAGCAGGAUCCUUUGCUGAGCAGUCUUAAUUUUAAAGUAAACAAAUUGACUUUUCUUACAAUGCUUGUUGCUUCUUGACUUCCUAUUUAAAACUAGGAGAGAUGAUUUUAUUUUCUGCUGUUAGUGAGCUGGUUUUUCCUCCCAUUAUGAGGCCCCUAAAUGGGGCCAAAGUUCAGUUGAUCACACUGACUCAACAGCUGUUUUUAGUGGCAAAACUGGCCCUGUUUUGCUUGAUGCCAGGCUCUGCUGGUUGCUAAGUAUUGUUACUUCACUUCAAAACAAUUUAAAUGCACCUUUGUGUGGGAGACCAAAUUUUUUUUAAUUAAUUAUUUCCUUAACCAUGUGAGCCAGUUUUCUGUUUUUUUGUCUACUAAAAGAGCCAUUCAUCUCCUACUGAUAUGUGGGUGGGGAUAGUCUUCACAAACGGUAUCAUUCCUUUGAAUUUUAUGGCCCUUAACAGAAUCAGUAUGGUGUGUAAUUCCACUUUUUCAGAUUUUGUGUUCAUCAAUAAGUUUGAGGAUAUUAAAAAUUCUGUAUGCAGUCUCAACAAAAUAAAUUGAAUACACUCAA